GUGGCAAACACAAAGGUAGGCAGGGUUAGUCUAGAAAACGCUCUCCAGCUUUUUUAAAAACAUCAACAAGGCCAGGUAAUCUGUCCAUAACAAGAUCUACCAGUCCACGGCCACAUAGCCCAGAAAACCCACCACAACUUGUCCAUAGCCUGUUUGCUCUAAGGUGGGUCAUUCCAAGAGAAUGGCUUGUUGCGGAGAGGUGCUACCUAAAGAAGAAUUUUGUGUCACUCCAAAGAGACUCCCAUCUCUUCAUCCAUAAUCUUUUAAAGCAAAAGCCAUUCUACAUACUUUUGGAGAAACAGACCAAAAACAUUCUUGCAAAAGUCAGAAAAAAGAAGAAAUCAAACCAUACCAGAAGAGGAACUGGUCUUGAUCAGGGACAGAACUAAAAUGCUUCAGAUUUUACUAUAGAAGUCACUAUGGAAUACAUAUCGAAACUGUAGAAGAUAAAGGAAGAAGAGGAUGGUGCUGCUAUCAAAAAGACAAAAGGCUGGGAAGCAUCACUGGUGGAACUGUUUUAAAAACCUUUGCGGUUCACCAUGAAGUGGUGGCUUGGGCAUGGAACUAUGUACAAAGCAGAAGUUCAGAAGGUGGAACUCAGUGGAUCAAGGAGUGAAGACACCAGAAAUGCUCUGUCCAUCCAGUGUACCACUGUGUGUUUCCGGGUCUCCCACUACUAAAAGCAAAUAGCCAUGUCUGUGUAACCAAAACAACCAAAACAACAAAGAGUUUUGUGGAAUCUUGAAACCAAUGCUCAUUACUGAACACAUGAAGCCACCUUGUAUAGAAUCAGACCAUCCGUCUAUUGAGGGAGUAAACAUGGCUAAGGAGGCCCCCUUGGGGGAAGCCCGGCAAUGGCCUCUGCUCUUGACCUCUGCGCCGGAGAUUCUUGGAGAGAUCCUAAGUGAGCAGUUUGGCCCUCUGCCCUUCAUGGCACCCAUCACCCGAAUGAAAAGGAAGCCCUCCGGUUACUACUUUCCUACUGAGAACCGGGAGCAAGUCCUAGGCAGGAGACAUGCUGCUAAUGCCAAAGAAAGAGAGAGGAUAAAGAACUUGAACAGCGGUUUUUCCAAACUCAAAUCUCUUGUGCCGUUGAUCCCAAAAGACCGGAAGCCUAGUAAAGUUGACAUGCUUAAAGCAGCAACUGAAUACAUUCGCCUGUUACACUUGAUUCUGGAGGAAACAGCAGGACGUGAGAUGGUGGAAGACCCAGUUAGUCACAAACCUUUUGUGGCCAGUUCUCUGCCAGCUCCCCUGGAAAGAUGCUUGCUGGGAAACAGAGUGCCACAGAGUUCCAGCUGCUACAUUAAAGUGGAAAAUGACAAAAAGGCUACAUGCCCGAAUGAGGUGGUGGAGGCUCCCAUCUACACUUGGAGGGAAACUGUUCUGCCUGCCUAUGUGGGGCUCAUAGAGCUUCACAAAAAUGGAUAACUGGUUCUCCAUAAUGGACGGGCGCAGGAUCUUUACUCCCAGAGUGAGCACUACUUUCCCUAAAGGGCUUUGGAUGUUUUUUUUUUAAUUGCACUUAAUUUGUUUAAAAGAGAAUAAAGCUGUUGCACUAAAUGAA